CUUAACGAUCGGGUGCGAAAUUAGGGUUUAUCUCAGGCGGGAACUUCGCCGCUUGGGAGCGAAGAAAUCUAGUUGAAAGGUCCACCUUUAGACUAGCAGUAGGGUUUAGGGUUUUGCAGAGUGGUGCAUAUCGCCCUCUUCAUCUCCUCCCUUGUUCGCUUCGAUCUCCAUGCUCUGCUCUCUUCGCCACUCGAUUGGUAUUUGGCGGCGAUCGACAAAUCCUGCUUGUGAGUUUCUCAUCUCAUCCUAUUUGAGCACCAUCUUAGCUUUGAAUUCACCCGAAGAAGUGCCCAAUUAUGAACCAGAACCCGCUUGCGCACUCCACGAUCAAAGCUUCUAUCAAAACCCUCAGCGAUUUCUCGGAAAAAACCUUGCUUUGGGGCGCCAUGAGAGUUUGGAGCCUACCCUAAUCGGGCUCCGAAAACAGAUGCAGGAAUGCGCAAAAGGUGGGGACUUGGUGGGAGCUUUUAAUGCUAUGAGGUACAUGGAACCCACUGUUCUCGAUUACAAUGCCCUGCUUUACCGUUAUCUCAAAUCGGAUAAUGUUUCGGGGGGUGAAUUGGUGAGGAUUUUUGAAAGAAUGAAGAGAUUCGGGCCGUAUCCGAAUGUUUGGACUUUCAAUGUGCUCUCUAAUGGAUUUUGUCGAUUGGGGUUAUUGGAAGAUGCUGUAAAUAUGCUCGAGGAAAUGUCUAGCUAUGGAUUCGUUCCUUCUUUUACAUCGCUGAAGAUAUUGUUGAAUAAGUCAUUAAGUUCAGGGAGUUAUGGAUUUUCUUGCAAAGUAUUAAGUUUGAUGUUACACUUGGAUUAUCCGCUAAGCUUGCAAGUUUUGAACAGGCUUAUAUAUAGUCUCAUCAAAGUUGGCAGAGUUAGUCUGGCUUAUGACAUUUUCUCAAUGCUUUUGAAUAAGGGUUUUAAGCCCAAUGUGUAUACUUAUAAUCCUAUUCUUCUUGGCUUAUGCAAGUGCGGUCAGAGCUGCACUGCGUUAUCUCUUUUCUUUGCCUUGAGGAAGAAAGGAUUUUGCCAUAAUCUUUAUUCUUAUACAGCGUUAGUUCUUGGGUUCUGUAAGGAAGGACUUUUGAAAGAGGCUUAUCAAAUUUUGGAGCAAAUGCGGAACGAAGGAUUGAAGCCUUCUGUUGUUACAUACACUAUAUACAUCAAGUUUCUUUGUAAGUAUAAUAAGAUCGACGAAGCCCUGGAUAUUUUUCAUACACUGGGAAAAGAAAACAAACAUGCAGAUCUGGUCUUGUAUAAUGUACUUCUCCAUGCUCUUUGUUAUCAUAACAGGAUGUCAGAAGCCCGUAAAUUGGUCCAUUGCAUGGAAGAGAACGGUUUGCUUCCUGAUCGUUUCACAUAUUGUGCUUUAGCUGGAGGUUUAUUGAGAUCUGGGUAUGUUAAGAGGUGCCAAACUCUUUUAUGUAGAAUCCUUUCAAGCACCAGUUUUGCGGAUGUUGUCACUUGGAACAUAUACUUCCACAGCUUAUGCUGUGAUGGCAAAGCUAGAGAGGCAUUAGCUACUGUAAAUUCCUUGGUAGAGAAAGGAUUCACCCCCUCAGUUGUGACAUAUAACACCAUUUUGAAAGGGUUUGUUAGGGAGCAGAACAUUGACGAGGCCUUAGAGAAGUUAGACCAGUUUCAUUGCGAUGAAGUUGGACCCGACUUGAUUUCCUUCAAUACGAUAUUGUCUGCAGCGUGCAAGCAGGGAGACUCUUCUAUUAUCCGGAGGGUUCUCGAUCGUAUGGACAUUGAAGGAGUCAAGCUUGACGCUGUUAGCAUGACGUGUUUAAUUCGGUAUUUUUGUAAUUCCGGGAAGUUUAUUGAGAGCUUUAAGCUUCUGAAACAUAUGAUAUGUAAUGGUCACAAGCCUACCACAUUAACCUAUAACGUUCUUCUUGACUGCCUUUGCAAGAAAGGGUUGGUUAUAAAUGAAUAUAAAUUAUUGCACAACUUCAGAUACAUGGGAAUUGAUCCAGAUACUACUUCCUAUAAUAUUCUUAUACAUGCUUCAAUUAAGAAAGCUGAUUAUUUUACAGCUGAGCGCUUGUUAAAGGAAAUGUACAGCCAAGGAGUGAUGCCUGAUGCUGUCACUUAUGCAUCUCUAAGCUAUGGUUUUUGCAAAGAGGGGAAUAUAGCUGCUGCCUUGAGUUUGGAGCACCAGAUGUUGGAGAAUGGAGUGAAACCAAGUGUCUCGUAUUACAAUACAAUAAUGGAUGCUAUGUUUAGAAUGGGCAGGCUGUGGGAUGUCUUCUUACUUCUCAGCAAAAUGGAAAUAGAAGGAAUCCAGCCAGAUAGCAUUUCCUUAAAGAUUUUGAAUCGUGCAAGUGCCAAAGGUCGAAAGAAACAGUUUCCAAAUGCCAUGAAGGUUCUUGAAAUACUAAUGAAGACAGCCAGUAAUUCGUCUGGAUUGGAAGCAAAUUGAACCACUCGGCUUCUAAUGAACUAUUUGCUCAUGGUUGAUCCCAGACUCGGUGCUGUAUUUAACUCAGGAGGUAUGCUUGUUAUUUUUCAUCAAUGAGGUACUCAUCUGGUUUCAGGUAAAAGUAAAACUUUUUUUUUAAAAAAAAUUCCUUUAGUUGGUCACAAGAAUGAGCUACUGAUCUACAUUGAUGAUGCUUGAGGAGGAACCUAAAAGAUAAAGGGAAAUCCUGUUUUUGGCCAAGUACUACAGAUUAAAAAGAGCAUCCGUGAAAAGAAAAGGAAAAAAGAGCAUCCGUGGAAAUUAUCUUGUUAUCAAUCUUUUUCGUGCUUUGAUUUGAAAUUGUGAGCUUUCACAAUGUUCACAGGAUGUCAAGAUUAUACUCUUUUGGCUUCGCUGGCUUGGCCAGACCUCGUACUUGAAUAGCUCUGUAUGUUGGGUUACCCGGAACAUAUCGAGUGUCAGAGAUUUGGUGCCAACCUUUAUACGGUGAAUAUUACCAGCUUCUUGUGGCUUUGAAGCUUGCUCUUCAGGUCAGAUAUCUUGAAGCUCAUGUAAGAUGGCUGAACCUUACUUCUCCAGAUCAAAUUGCUUUGGAUGAGAAAGAUUCAGAUGCUUGUGCUGCUCUCAGAAGAGCGGUAAUAUGCGACAGUAAGAAUGAAAGUAAGACAAUGUAUGCACCAAGGUCGCUCGAUACAAAAGUUCCCCUCUGUGCAACAGAGGAUAAUUGAAGCGGAGGAAAAUGAGGAUGAGAAGGGCGAGUGUUUUUCCGAGAACCAAAUAGCAUUUUACUUAUGAGAGAGCUGAAAGAGAAAGACGAAGCGAAUGCUUCACCUCGGUUGAAGAUGGUAAGCAUGCAUCCUUUACCAAAAGUCUCAAAGCAAGAAAAUAAAUGCCUAGAUAUACAGACUCCCUUUCUCAAGGGAGUAAAAACAACCUAGCAAGUCAUCUUGUCUCGUCGUGCCCUAGUGAUGGUGGGUUGGUAUUUUCUCUACUCUGAUGCCGUGUUCUUUAAUUUUGCUAGUCAAACUGAAAAUAAUUUGUAAAUUUUCUGCGUAUGUUCCUCCCCCUCGACCGUGAUAGACCGUCACAUGUAACUAGGCAACGAUCUCAAAGGAUGCCAAUAAAAUGGACCGUGAAAAUAGUCCCUAUUUGGAUGGAAAAAAGUGAUAGCUAGGUGGAAGCAAAUCCAAGAUCGGAGUCGAUGCGUUGUGAUGCAUAGUCUCUCAGUGGAGUGGGGGUAUUUGCGUUGUGUGUUUGUUGCUGAAGUAAUGGGAAUGCGUUACCUACCCCAUCGCACUUUGAUUAUGGGUUUUCUAUUUCU